CGGAAGUCCAGCUGCAGAGCAGCAGCGACAGAGGGGCCGGUCCGAGAAACGCGCGCGGCUCAGGGACGAGGGCCCAGCCGGUGCGGAAAGUGACGUGCCUCGCAAGCUGCCUAGCGCGUUUUGCCUCUGCCUUCUGAACGGCCGCUGCUGGCCGCUACCGCUUGCCUUCUCACCACCACCUCAAGCACCUCCAGCGCCCUUGAAUCAUCGCUGUCUCCGGAGCACCCGCCGCCAUGGCCGCGCCCAGCCUCAUGUCGCGCCUCGUGCCGUACUGGCUGAAGAUGGACGCGCUGCGCUGGCGCAUCAUCAUCCGCGCCUCGGUCGCCAGCUUCGCUUGCUGCCUGACGUUUCUCGUGCGGCCGAGCCUCAACACGAACGGCGUGGCCGCCUUUCUGCCGCUCAUUUUUGUCUUCAUCAAGCCGCCGCUCGAGCCGGUCCUUGUCGUGAUUGUGCACGGCCUGCUGGGCGGCAUCGUGGUGCUCGCCACAUGGGCCUACAGCGUCGCGGGCAUGCGUGCCUCCGUGGCGGUACGCAACGUCGCGCGCGACACGGCCACAGCUCGUCGGGCCAUCGCCGCCGCCGGCUUCACUUCGGCGCCCUCGCCCGCACAGCAGUAUGCUGCACUGCAACCGGCCAUCUACCGCGGCGACUUUGUGCAGCCGGCAUCGUCGGCCAUCUGGGCCGUCUGGCUGCUCGUAGGCUGCAUCCCGAUCUUCCUGAUCCGAGCCUACCGCGUGCGGCUCUUCCACGUCAUGGUGCUCGCCGACAUCCUGCUGCUGAUCUUUGCGACGAUCUCUCCGCUGAUCCCGCAGUUCGCGCCGCUAGAGAUCGGCAAGAUCUACCUCGUUCCAUACGCCGAGUAUCUCGCCAUCAUCGUCGCGUCAGCCUGUCUCAUCUUCCCCACCUCGGUGCGAGGCACGACGCAGCACCAGGUGCGCAAGACGGUGAGGCUCUUCCGCCGCACCGUCGACCUGGUGCAGCACCUCGCCACGGCGGCCGCGCGGCACGAGGAGAUCGACGAGUCGGUCCGCACCGAGCUGCAUGCCAAUCGAGGCAAUGCCGCCACGCUGCUGACGCUGGCAGCGGCGUUCGAGGGCUUCCUGAAGAUCGAGCCAGCCUACGGACGCCUCAGCGGACGCGACGUGCGUGACGUGCUCAACUCGGCGCGCGCACUCAACCUCAGCGUCAAUGGAUUCGACCUGUACAUCCGCCGCAAGGAGCAGCAGGCAUCGCGCCUGGCUGCCGAGGGUGCAGCGGCUGGGGUCGCAUCGAGCGGAGUGGCGGCGCCGAGCGAGAACACGCAGGUCCACGACGCAUCUUCGACUCCGGAAGAGGAAGCCAAGGUGGACUCAGUCACCAUUGAAGAGAUCACCGGGCUGCUCUCCGCCAUCUCUAAGACGCUCGGCGCGCUCGACUCCUUCCACGCCAUCGAGAGUCGCAGCUGGCUGCGCCGCAUCGUCCAGCGCGAGCGGCUCGAGAACACCGUGUCCGAGCUUUCGGCUGUACAGGCGAACUUGACGCAGCAUGCGGGCCAGUGCCGUGCGCUACUCGACUCCUACGACGCCGAGCUACUGGCCUCGCUCGAGGGCGUCGAAGACCACCACGUGGGCGCCUCGCUCUCGGCGCGGCAGGAGUACGAUCGCACACUGCUGCUCUUCUACACGCUUGGCGUGGCGGCAGACGUGCGCGAGGCUGCGGAAGACGCUCAGCGCAUGCUUUCGCAGCCCGUGCGCGCGCACUGGCCUUCGGUGCACAGCCAGCGCAAGUCGCAGCGCACUGCCAGCGCUUCUGCUCCAGACGCAGUUGAGGAGAAGCAGACUGCAGAGGAGAGCAGUGACGCCGGCGGCGUCUCGGGCCUUCUCGACACGCUCGCUGGUCGCGAAGACGGCGCUGCACCUGUCGGCGAGGACAAUCCCGAUGCGCUCAUCCUCGAAGGCCGCAAGGACGAGCAGCCCAACGCCAGCUACCCGUGGCCUCCAUCUGGCGCAGACACGUCCUGCCUGCCGCGCAAGGACCGAGCCGCCAGCUUCUGGCAGUGGCUCACCAGCGUCGAGAUCAUCUUCGCGGUCAAGGUCAGCGUCGUUUCGGUCGCGCUCUGCGUGCCGGCCUUUGUGCAGUCUUCGGCGGGCUUCUACUAUGAGCAGAAGGGCCUCUGGGCGGCCACGACGGCGGCGUUCUGCGUCGGCAUGUUCCUCGGCGACACAAUCUUCGGUCUAGUCUCGCGCAUGGUCGGCACGGUGAUCGGCGGCGUGGCGGGCAUGGUAAUCUGGUACAUUGGCUCGGGCAACGGCAACGGCAACCCGUUCGGGCUCGCAGCGGCACUUGGCGUCUUUGGCAUCCUGCUUAUCGCGUACCGCGCCAACAGCACCAACUUCCUCGUCGCCGUGACAGUGACCACGACGGCCGGGCUCGUUGUCGGCUACAGCUGGAUCGACGGGCAGCUGCAAGCGCCGCUCAACCCGGGCCUCGGCUGGCAGAUCUGGUGGAAGCGCACGCUGAUCACGCUCAUCGGCCUCGUGGCGUCCUUUAUCGUCUGCGUACUGCCCAAGCCAAGCAGCGUGCGUGCACAGCUGCGCCGCACCUUUGCUUCGACGACAUAUACGUUCGGCGCGGCGCUGUCCGCUACGCUGAGCGAGCUGCACCUGCAAAAGCCGGGCGAGGCGGGCGCGCGCACUUUGCUCGCAUCAAGAGAGGGUCACCAACUCAUCACAGCCUACCGAGCCCUCAUCGCCAGUGCGCCCCGCGUUGGCCUUACGAAGCUGGAGCCGGCGAUCCACAAGAACAAGGUGCUUGCACACUCGGCUGCCGGAAUCGAUGCUCUCCAGCGGGAGGCGGCAGAUCUUUCGAUGCAGCUCGUCUACGUCGUUGCGCAGCUCAACGACGCUCAACGACGCGCCUUCAUGGCUACGACGGCGCUGGGCGCCAAGGACGGCGCAGGCACUCUCGUGCUAGACGGUCUCUGGCAGCUCAUCGUCGCUCUGCGCACCGGCAAGGCCAUCUCUGCAUCGCACGAGCUGCUCGCGGCACUGCGCACCAUCUCGAUGGCCGAGCAGCUGCACGGCAUUCACGCUGCGCCGAAAGGCACACCCCUUGGAGGCGUUGUGCUGGCUGUUGCCUCGCUCGUUGGCCUGGCGCGCGUGACGGAACGGAGCUUGGCGCUUUGCUCGACGCCGUAGAUAAACGUUUGACGAGGCGACGCAAGUGAAGCGAUAGAUACCCUCCUCCGUACUUGUUACCUCUCCGCCUCCUCCUCUAAUCAUCACCACGUUCUCUGCUACGUGCUGCAACAGAGUGAGCGUCGCACGCUGCUGAGGAGACCUUGAAUGCCGAUGAAGGGUGACGUUUUAUUGCUGCUUCCGUCGCACCGCAUGCUCC